CAUUGAAAUCAAUGAUAAAUUUGUCAGUGCUCGCGUCUUCUGCAAAUGGUGCAAGGAUUUCGUAAGCAAGCCUCAAAUCCUUUAAGGGGAAAGCGUAGAGAAACUCGGAAGAAGGCUUUGGGACCCAAGAAAGGAGCAAAGACGAUUGCUCCUAAGAAAGCAAGAAAGAUAGAAUCUCAGAAAAUUCAAAAGGUAGUCCAAAAGGCCAUCAAUACAGCUAUACAGAAGGAAAUCAGUCAGAGAGCAGAGACAGAUAACGUGCAGCUGACAGUAAUAAGCUGAACAGAAUAAUAGAAGAAAUUGAGCAGAUGGUCACUUUACUGUCUGCCUGCAAACAAUAGCUACAGUACGUAGAGAUUCAUUUUGAAUAGUUGUGAGAUAGUUGAGGUCUGUGUAUAUAACCGUCGGCGCCUAUUUGGAAUCCGGAUAUGCAACUAAAGUGCACGGUGAUUGGCUAACUAGUAACAACGUAAUUGACUCGGAGCCUCCUUCUUCGUAGCGGUGACUUCCAUUUUCCCAGUCCGUUUGUUCUCCAGCGCGUAUCGAGUGCUCGCUCAUCUUUUCCAAUGGCUGAAGUGGAAGAUGAACUGCGUUCUCAGUUAGACAAUGCUACCAGUUAUGAAGAACGCAGCCGCUUGAGAGCACAACUCCGUGCUUUGAAGAAAGGUGGCUCUUCUGCUCCAGGAAUGCACAAGACGACUAAUGUAGAGAAGACCGGCUCGAGAGCUUCUCGCAAUGCUGCUGAACGUUCUAAGCCUGAAAGAACGACAAGCGACACGUCUAAGUCUGUAGCACAUCGCUCACCUUCACCACCUGUUACCUCACCUCCUGCGGAACAGCGGUCUACGGCGACCAUUAUGCUUUCGGCCAACAAGCUAUCUCCCCCUCCUGCUGUGCAAGAACUCAUCCGAGAAAGGCGUUCGAGUGAGAGCUCUCGGGCCAGCAGUUCAAGAAGCUCUCCUGCUCCUGUUCAAGUGUCUACCAAGCGAGAUGUGUCACGCUCAGGUGUGAAUGGAGAAAGAGAGCACUCUGAAAACGACCGGGUGAGCGAGGACGACGACAUCGCUCAAAUCGAGGAUAUGAUACGAAACUCAAGUGAUUUCAGGCAGAGACGACAAUAUCGAAAGCAACUGGACGAUCUCAGAGCGGCUAGAGAAGCCAAACUGACACAACGGCGCGCUGAGACAGCUAGUAAUAAUAAGGCGAAUGAAGUUGCUAAUAAAGAUGUUCCUGAGCAGCAGGAGAGUCAGACUAUUAAAAGAAGCAGUCCUGAAGCAGAGUCUCUGCCUAAUAAAGAUGAAAGUGUUGGCCAGAUUGAGAAUAGAAAUGAUGAAUCAGAUGAAGGUGUAGGAGAGGAGCAGUUGUCAGAAGAUGAGCAGAUUGAACACUUGAAAGAACUGAUUGAGUCAACUGCUGACUUCAGAAAGAGAAGGCAGUAUAAGAAUGAACUGAGAGAUCUAGAAAGAAGAAGAGAGGAGAAACUUCUUCGAAACCAAGAAAAGAGAACUGACAUGAAACCAGUUGAGCCAGAGGUAAUUGAAAUAAAACGUGUUGAAACAGUGGAGACUGUUCCAUCACCUAAGCUUGCAGUUGAUUUGAAGAAUGAGGAAGUCACCAUUGAUGGAGGCAAGGAAGUGAUUGAACUUGUGGAAGUAGUUGACAAUGAUGACUUCUCAGAGGAUGAGAGAAUAGCAGAACUUGAGGAUGCGAUGGCACAAACGAGAGAUUUACGUAAAAAACGAAAAUACAAAGCUGAACUAGAAGAACUAAGAAAUUCUCGGGCAGAAAAACAGAAAGCCCGAGAGGAAAAGAAAAUCCAGUUGCCUACUUCAAAUGGAAGCUCUAGCAAGACAGAGAAGGCAGACAAUGGAAUAGAAGAACCAGGUGAUCAAAAAGAUGAAAGAGAUGGCAAAGUGGAAGAAGUCAAAGAGGCAGAAGAGGAUGAAGGCAAUAAAGAGGUAGAGGAAGAUGCCAAUGAAGAGGGAGGUAGUGAUGAAGAAGAAGAAGAGGGAGGUAAUGAUGAGGAAGCUGUUGAAGAAGAGCAAGAAGAGGAAGAAACUAUCAAGCCAACAACUGUGGCCAAAGAAACACCAUCAGCUAAAGAUCUACCAACACGCACUGAAAGCCCAUCUGUUGCCACAGAGGCAUCACGUAUUACUCCAGUUCGCAAACUUCCGGGUGCUGUUGAGACACCACUGAAGAUCUCAGCUGUCAUUGCCAAGGAGACAGGUAUCAAGGGUGGAGACUUCCGUUCUGUGUUAAAGGGCAGCCGGGGUAGUGCACAACAGACUGGAAAAGAAGGAGUAGGAAGAUCGGACGCUGCCCAGGUUGAUUUUCGAGGGGUACUGCGGAAGUCUGGUGGUGGUCCAGUCGUGUUGCCAAAGCCUGUAGCUCAGGUGUCUGAUGCAAAACCUGACUACAGAGCAGUUCUGAAGAAAUCUGUUCAAACAGCUACUAAAAAGUAUCCUUCUGGUGGACCAACUGGUGGUGAUUUCCGUGGGCACUUGCGAAAGCAAACACAAGAGGACAAAACACAAAUGGUACCUCUCAACCGGUCACAGUCACCACGAGUUCCAUUUGGCAAACAUUUACUGCACAAGACUUCUCCAGCUCAUCCUCAACAAGGUCACACACAAGAAAAGCCAGAUGUUUCGAGCAGCGAACAGAAAGAGAGACAUCAAACUCCAGCUGAAGAUGAGCCAAGCAUAAGGAGGGCUGUAUCACAGGAAAGAAGUGUAUCAAGAUCAGAAUCAGAAUGUAGUGAUGGAAAGGGACUACAGAAGAAAGAGACGGGUGCUCUGAUUAAGGAGACAGUUUCCAGUGUUGUUGCAGAGAAUGAACCAAUUAUGGAUAGAGAAGAGGGCCCAGGGGAGUCCACAACAAUGCAGGACACACCUACCACAGAGGAUACACUAAAAGAAGAGUCCCCUGUUCAUGAUGACAGUGGUGAUGUGAAUAGCGAAGAAAAGCAAGCACAGCCACAAAAGGCAGUUCCACCACCUGUGAAACAGCGUUCAAUAAAGCAGCCUGUUAGGGAUAUGUCACCUUCCAUUGAAGAUCCUGUUACAGAAAACAAGGCAACAGCUUUGCAAUGUGUUCCUUCUGAUUCCGAGGACAGCAUUCCAGCACCAGAUGUUGUACCAGUAGAGGAGCCUGUUGGCAAGAAGAAAACCAAGAAAGUUGUUGUGAAGAAAGUAGUGAAAAAGAAAGUUGUGAAGAAAGUGAAAAGUCAAGCAUCUCAAGAUGCAGGUAAUGAAGAAUCAACGGUGACAGCAGUUGAAGCACCAGUAGUAGAAGCUGUAGAAGCUAGUGACAAACUGAGUAAGCAAAAAGACAAACUAUUUACAGAUGGAGGAAAGUACGAAGGCAAGAAAGAAACGCCUAGUAAAGCAGAGGAGACACCUGACUCAUAUGAAGAGAGAGCCAAGGCAAGGCGAGAAAGACGCAUGAAAAAGGAGAGAGGAGAAGCUGUGGAAGAAUCGGCAAGGACAAGAACAAGAGAUUACUCUGAUGAUUACUCUGCAAGGGGAGCAGCACGAAGGCAAGCAAGGUUAGAAGAAAAAAGGAAGCCGGAUCAAGAGGCAAAGCAACGACGAGAGAAAUUUAAGGAAAGUCUUGACGGCAAGUCAUCACCAGACUCAAAGAGUGAUGGUCAAAUAAAGAAAUCUGCCAAUUCUGGUCAGCAGCAGCUGCUGCAAUGGGUAAAAUCCCGCACAAAGUUCUAUGAGAACAUUGAAAUUACAGAUUUCAGUAAGUCAUUUAGCAAUGGUCUGGCCUUCUGUGCUUUGGCACAUUCCUACUUUCCUGAUAAAAUUCCAUAUGAUGAUUUGACAUCAACUGACAAGAAACGAAACUUUGAUCUGGCCUUUACAACAUUUACUGAGGGAGGCAUGAGUGAGAUGUUGGAUGCGAAUGACUUCACAAGUAUGACACAACCAGAUCCUCGGAGUGUGAUGACAUAUCUAUCAUCCAUUUAUCAUCACUUUAAGUGACAGUUUGAUUUUUGAUGGGUAGGGAAGAUUCACACGUGAUUUCAAAUUUGUUAAAUGUGUAGAGGAUUACUAUAAAAUGUGGUUAUCAAAUGAUUCUGCUGGGUAAUGCAGUUAGUUUUACCUCUGAAAUAGCUGUUGCGAAUUAGAUAUAGCAACAAUGAUGUACUUUGGUAGAGAUGGUAGUUAUAGUUACUUUGAAGUAGAAAUGUGUUCAGCUAAGUGAUCACUUGUCUUUUCUGUCAAUCUUUCUUGUAUUGUUUUGUAGUACCUCAUAUGAACAAGGCUACUUCGAACUUCA